UGUGUUUACAUAAUAUUAUAAUUAUUAAAAAUGGGCACUUCUAUGGGCACUAACAAUUACGUUUCUAAAUGGGAAGUUUAAAUCGGUAUGAAAUUCCAUUUAAUAGUGACGAGACCAAGGUUCAUUGUAAUUUGUGUAGCUACUGAUUUAAUAAGUUACUGACAGGAUAUAUUCAAGGACUUGUGGGAUAUCAGAACUGAUAUUUAAGAUGUUACGACAUGUUUGCCAGGAAUAAAUUUGGCUUCCACAAAUGAAGUAAUACGGGGUAUUCUAAAAUGACUGCUAUAGACAUAGGUAAAUGUCUCUUCAUGCGACUGUUAUCGUUUAUAGAACGACUCCGUUACAGUUGCAAAGAAAAGUAUCAGUUUUUCUAAACGGAAUUAGAAAAUUUGUUUGGAAUCUAAUGCUUCCUGCUUUCUCCACGAACAAAAAGUAUACAAAAGCUGUUAAGUUGUAUUCAAUUUCAUAGUAAACUAUAAAAAAUGCUUGCUAAAAUUUGUUUUUACUGAAAACAAUUUUUAUGAUGGAAAAGACAGAUAUAGGCUUACCACAGCAUGUCUCAUGUGAAAAUAAUUCAACAAAGAAUGCAUCCGUAUCAUCAAAAGCACCGUGCAGUUUCUAUGGAAACAAUGAAAACAAAUCGGAUCAAAGUCUUUGUGAUCCGUGCCUGGUCUUAGAAAAGCAAGAAGUCGCAACCUCUCUUUGUCUUGAAUGUGAAGAACGUCUUUGUGCUUACUGUACUAAUCAACAUAGAACAAGAAAACUCACAAAAUCGCAUGAAGUUAAAAGUCUUGAAAGUAUACCAGUUAUGGUCGAAUGUGGACUUUGUGAGAAUAAAACAGAUCAGGGUUCAUGCAUGUACUGCAAUGAUUGUGAGGAAACAUUGUGUUCACGUUGUGCACAAAAGCAUAGCAACAAGAAUGUUUUCAAACAUCAUAAACUUGUUAUGUCCGACAGCAAAGCACGAAAGGAAAUAUCAGUUUGUGAUCCGUGUAAGCAAAAUGAAGAGGUUAAAACUGCGGAAACUUUUUGUGCACAGUGCGAGGAACAUUUGUGUGAUAUAUGUACACGUUACCAUAGAGCGCUAAAGGCCACAAAGGAACACAAACUCAAAAGUCUCUCUUCUGAAAUAUCGCCCCGUUUCCCAUGUUGCGAACCUUGCAGCGGGGAUGGUAUGUCAGUUAACGCCACACGUGUUUGUGCUCAGUGUGAAGAACAUCUCUGUGAUAAAUGUGCAGAGGAGCAUACAUCGAUGAAAAUGAUGAAGGGCCAUCAAAUUAACGAUAUAAGUGAGGUCUUUAAACAAGAUAACGUAUGGUGUGGUCAGUGUAAGGAAGAGGGUGUUUUUGAAAAGGCUGUGAAAUUAUGCUCGGAUUGCAAAGAUUAUUUGUGUGUAAACUGUUGCAAAAUUCACAAACGUUUCAAACUGUCAAAGGACCAUUCACUACUAGAUAUAGAUGAAGUUAAACAAAGUGACGUGGAUAUCAGAAGCACUAUGAUGACGUGUGGUGAUAAUAAUGACACAGACACUAUGAGGAGCAAAGAGGAUAGACCUGGCAAACCAAGAAGGUUGAAUGAUAUUUUGGAAGUUGUUUCACUGACAUGGGAUCCUCCGUCAGACAUAAAAGAUGGCUACUAUUACCAGAUAAGUUACAAAGAGUUGGAACACGACGGGAAAUGGGCUCUUUAUGAUGAAGUCUUUCAAGAUGCAACCGCUGAACUGAAUGACUUGCGGGCAAAUACAGUAUUUGUGUUUCGUGUUCGCGUGCUAUACGAGGACAGAGAAGGGCCGUUUAGUGAAGAAAGUAACGAAAUCAAGACGUCUUUGUCGUCGGCCUGUCAAGUCUCCCAGCAAUCAGUAUCAUUGGUCAAGGGCAAUUUCUCAUCGCCAGUAUAUGGUUUACCAAUGAAUGAAAUUAUGCGACACGAAACGUUAAAAAUAAGCAAACUUGAGUUUGGAUCAACCGAAACAACGCAGCAAACCUCUAAAAAGACCAAAACCAUUUUGAUUCUUGGUGGAACUGGCAGUGGGAAAAGUACUAUGAUCGAUUUGAUUGUCAAUUACAUACUCGGUGUCAACUGGAAUGAUCCGUUCAGAUUUAAAGUAACAGAUUUAAAUAACAAAAGCAAAGACAGAGGCUGUUUCAGUGCAGCCUCUCUCACAGAAUGGAUCACCUGUUACACGAUAAAUAACAUAAAUGGAAGCCGGUUAUGCUAUCAGCUUAAUAUUAUAGAUACUCCAGGAUUCGGAAAUACACGUGGCUAUAAGAGAGACCAAGAAAUUGUUGACCAGUUACGGGAGAUACUUUCCGAUAAGCAGCCAUACGGUCUGGCAUUGAUUGAUGUGGUAUGCUUUGUAAUCAAAGCCCAUGAAUGUCGCCUUACAUCUUUUCAAACCUACAUUUUCCAGUCAGUCCUGACAUUAUUCGGAAAAGACAUUGGACACCAUAUAUGUUCGUUUAUGACAUUUUCAGAUUGCACAGAGCCUUCUGUCAUAGACACACUUAAGGAAUAUAAGUUUCCAUUUGGGCCAAUGUUUUCAUUUAACAAUGCUAGUUUGUGUUGUAAAACAGCCGCAACAAGUAAUUGUAGAAUGAAAAAGAUGUUUUGGCAGAUGGGAAUUAAAAGUUUACAUUCUUUCUUUAGUCAUAUAGAGACGAUUGAGGCCAAAAGUUUACAUAUGACAAAAAUGGUUCUUCGGCAUCAGUUAAGUUUACGAGAAACUUCUAAAUUUGUUUUGUGCCAUAUAAACGUUUUAAUGGAAUGUAAAAGCAAUUCAGAGGAAGUUCAAAAGGAAUUAGACAAAGAUAGGUCAGUUGUUGAUAACAGUCAAACAAUCGAUAAUGGAAACAUGGUCCAAAGCAAUAUCAACGCUGAAACUCUUGAAAGGAUCUCGGCGAACGAGAGAAAUAUUGAACAUUUAGGACAUAAAAUAAAAACACAAUCAGAAGAAAUUGAAAGGUGUAUUUCUAUAUUAAAAUCAGCCCAAGAUAGAUUAAAAGAGAAAGCUCUUUUAUGCAGGUCAUUUUCUGAAUAUCUUGACUUGCUUAUUCAAAAUGAAGAACUUGAAAAAUCUGAGAGAGGAUUUGAAGGAAUUAAAAUACUUAAAGAAAUGAGCCGUAAAGCGGGUUUUACUUGAUAAUUAUCAAACCGUUGUCAUGGAGAACUGUUUAUAUGAAAUAACAUGAAUUUCAAUUAUCUCACUUCGUCCUUCAUUAUGCGAAUAAACAAAAAUAUGGUUUUAAGUAUUGUGUUGAAAGUGGUAUUUCCGGUAUUUUAUGUGUGACUUGUAUAUACAUGUAUAUUUGUUUAAGAAAAUGUAAACUGGUCAUGCUACUUGGUCACUCGGUCAAUCAUCAACAUAUAAGAACAUGGCUUUGCCAGUUUAUAGCAGAGAAAACCUUAGUCCCACCUUUUUCUAUUCAAUGCUAGAGGUUAAUUGCUGAC